GUUCGGUGUUGGUGUUGUUUUCGUUACCGGGACGCCGUGGGAGUUAGGAUUCCGACCCUGGGGAAUCCUCAGUCCGCGGGCGUAAGUCGCUGCCGGGCGGGCCUUGCGCACAGCUCUCUGUGCGGCGCAGUGAGCUCCCUGGGUCGUGCCAAGUCAUUCACGCUGCUGAUUUUCCAGCACAGCACAGCUGAGUUCUGCACGUCAGCUCUACUCAGAGGCUCCACAUGCUCACCCGAAUCCUGAGGCAAUCCGAGGCCCAGAGGAGACAGCACAGAGGACAUGUCUACUGACGGGGGUUUCUGCCAGAAGCCCCAGAGACUGGAAGCAGAUGAGCAGUAUGGAUUGUGUGAGAGAUUGGUGUCCUUUGAGGAUGUGACUGUGGACUUCAGCCAGGAGGAGUGGCAGCAUCUGGACUCCGCCCAGCGACGCCUGUACCAGGACGUGAUGUUGGAGAUCUACAGCCACCUCUUGGCAGUGGUUAACCAGUACAGAGUUCAUUGGAUACCCUCUAAGACCUACGAAGACGCAACAGAUCCAGUAGCCUUGCAACUCACAGGGUAUCCCAGGCCGGAGGCCCUCCUCAGGAUGAAGAACGCUGAUUUCCCACAUCAGAGGUGUCCGUGUCAAGGGGAAUCAGAGCAUGACUCGGCUCGUCAAAUUUGUGCGAAAGCUGCUUUUCCAAAUGAUUUCUCUGAAAAAGUCCAUAAACGUGGUGCAUAUUGUUCCGUUAUAGAGGAGCUCUGGCAGGAUGGGGACCCUACGAGGAUGGAUCAGCCAAACCAGAGCCCACUCUUGAGUUCUGCUGCUUUCUUCACCCAGAGACCGCUGAUGAGUGACGAGACUUACGAGUGUGAGGCGCCCAGGGGGUCCGUUCCUUUAGAUCUCCACCUCAUUUCCACACAGGAGAGAUUUCCAGAGUGUUGCUCGUUUGAGAAACCUUUGCAGCCUAACCCUAACCUUGAAGCACAUAGUGAACAUCAAAGCAGUGCUACCAGGCAGCCCGACGGCAUUGUCGAAUCCUGUCAGCUCUUCACGCAAAGCCCGCCGAAUGCUGUAUGUGCAGCGCCUGACAGAGAGGAGAAAGCAUGGAAAGGAAAGGUUCUCAGCCCGAAGCCACCACGUAGGAAGCAUGACGUUCUUUCUCAGGAUGAGCCAGUUGAAUAUACCAGAUGUGGGAAGGGCUUCCCGGCCAGGCCAGCUUUGUGCCCGCAGCAAGUGGCUCUCACUAGAGGGACACCUUUUAUUUGUCACAGAUGUGGGAAAUCCUUCCUCCAAAACUCUGAGUUGAGCUCUUGCCCAGGAGCGAACCGAGGAGAGACACCUGAAUGUCCUGACUGUCUGAAACCACUCACAAGGACAUCCGACCUGCAGGUGCACGAGGAAGUCCACACAAAGAAGCCUUACAAAUGCCACGACUGUGGGAAGUCAUUCAGCUAUGCAUCCCACCUAAAGGUGCACCUUCGAACACACACAGGUGAGAGACCGUAUGUGUGUUCUGACUGUGGGAAAGCCUUCAGCCAAAAGUCGGUCCUCACCACACACCAGAGAAUCCACACCGGGGAGAAGCCUUACACAUGCAGCCACUGCGGGAAAUUGUUUGUUUAUGCAUCGGAUCUGAAGAAACACAGCCGCUUUCACACUGGGGAGAAGCCUUACGAAUGCCCCGACUGUGGGAAGCUGUUCAGUAAUAAAUCCCACCUGCCCGUGCAUCAUCGAAUUCACACCGGCGAGAAACCGUACAAAUGCUGUGACUGCGGGAAGUCCUUCAGGAGGAAAUCCCACCUUCAAGUACAUCACCGGACACACACUGGCGAGAAACCCUACAUAUGCUCCGACUGUGGGAAAGCCUUCAGCCACAGCUCAGUUCUCAGCACACAUCAGAGAAUUCACACUGGGGAGAGGCCUUACGCGUGCAGCGACUGUGGGAAAGCCAUGUCAUCUAAAGCCCAACUGAACGAGCAUCAGAGAAUCCACACGGGUGAGAAGCCAUACGUGUGCACUGAGUGUGGGAAAGCCUUCAGCGGCAGGUCUUCCUUACAGGCACAUCAGAGAACUCACAGGAGUGAAAAACCCUUUCUCUGUCACCAGUGUGGGAAAGGCUUCCUGCGCAGGUCGCAGCUGUCAUCUCACCAACAAACUCACACUGCUGACAACCCUUAGUGCUGUGUGUGUGUGUGUGUGUGUGCGUGUGUGUGUACG